AUGUUAAAUAAUUUAAAAGCAAGUGAAUUGAAAAUAUCUUUGAUAUGUGUUUUGAUUUGUCUUGGUGCUCCAGCCCUUGGAAGUUUCCAUCAUGAACCAUCGGCGGUGGCCGUUCCCGUGGGAGUUCCGGUUCCAGUGCCUGUUCCGGUGCCUUCUCCAUAUCCGGUGCCUUCUCCAGUCGCGGUACCUGCUCCAGUAGCUGUACCCGUUUCCGAUACUGUGACGGUGCCGGCAGCCUUUAGUGCGCAUCAAGGACUUACCUAUGGAGCUGUAGAUCAUUAUGGUCCACCACCUCCGGCGAUCUUUAAAUAUGCAGGUUCCUAUGCGGCACCACAGCCAGUAAUUAAGUACUCCCUGGGAGCUCCAGUGACCACUACCACCACCACCUACACCGGAUUUGCAGCAGCGCCACCACCGUCGGUUCAUUAUGCCGCAGCAGCACCACCGCCACCACAGUUUAUAGCCCGAUUUGCACCUCCACCCAUUGGAUACCAGUUUGCAGCUGCUGCCCCCUCCUACGGCAGGUACAAACUCCACUUUGGGUCACCACUUCAUCAUUCUCCGGCUGCCGUCUAUGGAGCUCCCCCUCCUCCGGCGUUUGGCACUCAGGGCUGGUAACUCGAGAAGCCCCAGAUGGGCUCCGGCUCAUUAUGCAUAACUAUGAAUGAUAAUUUCCUCAAAUUAGCAAUUAAUUGAAUCUAAAUAAUGUUGUUAUGUUUUGUAUUAUACGCGACUCGUGAAAUUAUACGAAGAACGCGAAGCGUAGCGAUUAAAUUAUGCUUAUGUCAAUACCUAUAAAUAA